AUGGGGAUGGAAGAAGGAGCAGGUGUUGAUAGGAAGAUAACGAUUGGAGUCUGCGUCAUGGAAAAGAAGGUGAAAUGCGGCCCCGAGGUUUUCUCGGCUCCCAUGGGACAAAUCAUGGACAGAUUGCAGGCGUUUGGCGAAUUUGAGAUCAUACAUUUUGGGGAUAAGGUGAUACUUGAAGAUCCAGUAGAAAGUUGGCCGAUUUGUGAUUGUUUGAUUGCUUUUCAUUCCUCUGGAUAUCCUCUUGAGAAAGUUCAAGAAUAUUCUUCUUUAAGAAACAUCUUGAGAUGUAUGGCAUCCCAGUUCCUAGAUAUGCUUGUGUCAAUAGAGAAGUACCACACCAAGACCUUGAUUAUUUCGUCGAGGAAGAAGAUUUUGUUGAGGUUAAAGGUGAACGAUUCUGGAAGCCAUUUGUUGAAAAGCCCGUCAAUGUUUCUUCCUAGAGAUGACCAUAGUAUAAUGAUAUACUACCCUAGCUCAGCAGGUGGAGGCAUGAAAGAAUUGUUUCGAAAGGUUGGGAAUCGAUCAAGUGAAUUUCAUCCUGAGGUCAGAAGAGUAAGGAGAGAAGGGUCUUAUAUAUAUGAAGAGUUUAUGCCUACUGGGGGAACUGAUGUCAAGGUCUACACUGUGGGUCCCGAGUAUGCACACGCUGAAGCAAGAAAAUCACCGGUUGUUGAUGGUGUUGUCAUGAGGAAUCCAGAUGGGAAGGAAGUGAGGUAUCCAGUUUUGCUUACACCUGCUGAGAAGCAAAUGGCGAGAGAAGUUUGCAUUGCAUUUAGGCAAGCGGUCUGCGGAUUUGAUCUCUUACGAUCUGAGGGAAGCUCAUACGUUUGUGACGUAAAUGGAUGGAGUUUUGUGAAGAACUCUUAUAAGUAUUACGACGAUGCUGCGUGUGUGCUACGGAAAAUGUUUUUGGAUGCAAAGGCUCCUCAUCUUUCUUCGACAAUUCCUCCCAUUCUGCCAUGGAAGAUCAAUGAACCUGUCCCAUCUAACGAAGGUCUAACUCGCCAAGGAAGUGGCAUCAUUGGAACAUUUGGGCAGUCGGAGGAGCUACGCUGUGUCAUUGCUGUUGUUCGGCACGGUGAUAGAACCCCGAAGCAGAAAGUGAAACUAAAAGUUACAGAGGAAAAACUGUUAAACCUGAUGCUGAAGUACAAUGGAGGAAAGCCAAGAGCUGAGACAAAACUUAAAAGUGCCGUCCAAUUGCAAGAUCUAUUGGAUGCCACAAGAAUGUUAAUUCCUCGUACAAGAUCAGGUGAAAGUGAUAGUGAUGCAGAAGACCUUGAACAUGCUGACAAGCUUCGGCAAGUUAAAGCCGUUCUUGAAGAGGGUGGACAUUUCUCAGGUAUAUACAGGAAGGUUCAACUAAAGCCGCUGAAAUGGGAUAAAGUACCAAAAAGUGAUGGUGAAGGUGAAGAAGAACGCCCAGUGGAGGCUCUUAUGGUUCUGAAAUAUGGGGGUGUUCUAACUCAUGCUGGUCGAAAGCAGGCAGAAGAACUUGGUAGAUAUUUCCGAAACAAUAUGUAUCCAGGUGAAGGUACCGGUUUGCUCCGUCUCCAUAGUACAUACCGUCAUGACCUUAAGAUUUACAGUUCUGACGAGGGACGUGUUCAGAUGUCUGCAGCUGCUUUUGCUAAAGGCCUGCUUGACCUAGAAGGACAGCUCACUCCAAUCCUGGUUUCUCUGGUUAGCAAGGACUCUUCCAUGUUGGAUGGCCUUGACACUGCGAGUAGCGAAAUGGAAGAGGCCAAGGCUCAGUUGAACGAGAUCAUAACCGCAGGCACAAAGAUGGUAAAUGAUUACGUCUCUUCUGAAUUACCUUGGAUGACUGAUGGGGGUGGCCUUCCUCCUCACGCUGAAGAGCGCCUACCUGAACUGGUAAAACUAGCUAAAAAGGUGACUGAACAAGUGAGGCUACUUGCAAACGAUGACGACGAGAGUCUCACUGAGCCUAGCGCUUAUGAUGUAGUCCCUCCCUAUGAUCAAGCAACGGCCCUUGGCAAGUCAAACAUUGACGUUGGUCGGAUUGCUGCUGGAUUACCUUGCGGUAGUGAAGGAUUCCUUUUGAUGUAUGCUCGGUGGAGAAAACUCGAAAGGGAUCUCUACAGCGAAAGAAGAGACCGGUUCGACAUAACGCAAAUUCCUGAUGUUUAUGAUUCAUGCAAGUAUGACCUGUUACAUAAUUCUCAUCUCGACCUGAAAGGACUAGACGAACUCUUCAAAGUUGCUCAGGGCCAGUUAUGUGUUAUGUGGUUGCAGUUACUUGCAGAUGGUGUAAUUCCGAAUGAGUAUGGGAUCAAUCCACAGCAAAAGCUCAAAAUAGGUUCAAAGAUUGCUCGUCGCUUGCUGGGUAAAAUCUUGAUUGACUUGAGGAAUACUCGAGAAGAGGCCAUGAGUGUUGCUGAACUGAAGAAUAGUCAAGACCAAGUCUCAGUGUCACUAUAUUCGUCGAGAAAAGAGGAUAGAUAUAGCCAACCAAAACUUUUUAUUAAAAGCAAUGAGUUGAGACGGCCUAUCUCUGUAGAGAAUAAAGAUGAAGAUGAUGAUAAAGAAACCAAAUACCGACUAGAUCCAAAAUAUGCAAAUGUCAUGACGCCUGAACGUCAUGUGAGGACACGCCUUUACUUCACAUCUGAAUCACAUAUUCAUUCUCUAGUGAAUGUUCUACGGUAUUGCAACCUCGACGAAUCUCUUCAAGGAGAAGAAAGUCUCGUCUGCCAAAGCGCAUUGGAACGCCUGUGUAAAACCAAAGAACUUGAUUACAUGAGCUACAUUGUCUUAAGACUCUUUGAGAACACUGAGGUAUCUCUAGAAGACCCGAAACGGUUCAGGAUCGAACUUACAUUUAGCCGUGGCGCAGAUUUGUCUCCCUUAGAGAAGAAGGACGAGGAAGCUCAAUCAUUACUCCGGGAACACACACUUCCGAUAAUGGGACCAGAGAGGCUUCAAGAGGUUGGUUCAUGUUUGACACUUGAAACAAUGGAGAAGAUGAUACGUCCAUUUGCAAUGCCGGCCGAAGAUUUCCCUCCGCCGUCAACUCCGGCAGGUUUCUCCGGUUACUUUUCUAAAAGUGCCGCCGUGCUCGAGCGUCUUGUUAAACUCUGGCCCUUCCACAAGAACACCGGUUCUAAUGAGAAAAGCUAA